AACAGCUGAGAAGUUUGUGACAUCCCUGCAAACUAACUUGGGACUGGCGGACCUAUGCCGGGUGGCUCCCAGGCUCCCUGGUUUGGAGUCUGCAAGUGCAGUAGCAGCGGCCCGUGGUGAGGACGCGUCAGUGUGUGCAGGAAUGUAGGUCCCUACCGUGGAGACUCCGACAUGGGAUGUCUAGAGGUUGAAUGGUGCAGUUCCUAGCAUCAGCUUCCUGCCGGCCUGUAAUUACAGCGUGAUUGCACAGUCAGGCAUUGUUGGCGUGGAUGUUUAUACACAGGCUAUUGUGCAAGACCUCGGUGGCAGCGAGCAAAACGCAGAUUUGCAUUGCAAAUCCCCAGAACAGAUCUGGGCCUGAGCUGCAGUGGCCAAGUUCUUUUUGGCCUUUCACCUUAGCUAGAUGAUUUAUUUCCUUGCCUCUCCCUUAACCUCGGACAAUUUGCCACACGCCAGAGACGUGAAGUGUACCCAGGAGGGCAGGAUCCGUUCACUCCUACCUCAGGCAGCCUGAACGCUGUCCCAGGAUUUGUACCCUUAUUUGUGCCUGUAGAAAAUGUGGGAUGACAUCAGCAGGAAGAGGAGAUGGGAGAUGGCUAUCGACCUCCCCAAACGGGAAAGCAGUUUGAAUUAGCAAAAUUGCAUGGUGGCUGGAUCGGGGCCUGCUUGCAAAGAGGACACGUCAGACAUGUGUGACUGGGCUGGUGAGCUAGACUUUGAGCCUUGAAAUGUCAGCUGCAGAAGUAUAUAGGCUCCAGAGCCCUGUGGAGCAUCAUGAACUGCGAAGAGUAGAGAAGCCCAAGGGCCUCUCUACAGCGAGGAAGGAAGAGCCAGCAGUUCCUUCUCCCUGUGCCUGACUACAUCAUCCAGCAUUUUCUCUGCCCCCAUUGGCUGCCGGACUAGGGCCAGGCUUCGAGCAGGACCAUCCCCCAGGGGAUGGGCAGCCGGUGAAGUAGGUCUCACUCCGGGGCCCCGUUGGCCACACCAUGAACCUCCAGGCCCAGCCCAAGGCUCAGAACAAGCGGAAGCGUUGCCUCUUUGGGGACCAGGAACCAGCUCCCAAGGAGCAGCCCCAAGCCCUGCAAGCCCCCCAGCAGCCCCCGGCCCCUCCUCAAUCCACCAGAGUCAAGGAGGAGCCUUACUUUGGGCAAGAGGGUCCAGCAGGGGCUGUCCCUGCCUCCCAGCCUGUGGAACUGCCCCCUCCCAACAGCCUGGCCCUGCUGAACUCUGUAGUAUAUGGGUCUGAGCGAACCAUGUUGUCCCAGCAGAUGGGCUCAGUCAAGUGGCCCAACUCUGUGAUGGCUCCAGGGAGGGGCCCAGAGCGUGGAGGAGGUGGGGGUGUCAGUGACAGCGGCUGGCAGCAGCAGCCCGGGCAGCCUCCACCCCACUCAACGUGGAACCGCCACAGCUUGCCCCUCUACAGUGGACCCAAGGGGAGCCCUCAUCCUGGCAUGGGGGUCUCCACCUACUAUAACCACCCCGAGGCACUGAAGCGGGAGAAGGGAGGGGGGCCGCAGCUGGACCGCUAUGGAAACGCCGUGCGGCCAAUGAUGCCACAGAAGGUGCAGCUGGACGUAGGGCAGCCUCAGGCGCCCCUGAACUCUUUCCAUGUGGCCAAGAAGCCCCCAAACCAGACGCUGCCCCUGCAGCCCUUCCAGCUGGCAUUCGGCCACCAGGUGAACCGGCAAGUCUUCCGGCAGGGCCCGCCUCCCCCCAACCCUGUUGCCGCCUUCCCGCCGCAGAAGCAGCAGCAGCAGCAGCAACAGGCAGCCCUGCCCCAGAUGCAGCUCUUUGACAACUUCUACCCCAUGCAGCAGCCGCCUUCUCAGCAGCCCCAGGACUUUGGCCUGCAGCCGGGCGGGCCACUGGGGCAGUCCCACCUGGCUCACCACAGCAUGGCACCCUACCCCUUCCCCCCCAACCCUGACCUGAACCCAGAACUGCGCAAGGCCCUCCUGCAGGAGUCAGCCCCGCAGCCUGUGCUACCUCAGGCCCAGAUCGCCUUCCCCCGCCGCUCCCGCCGCCUCUCUAAGGAGGGCGUCCUGCCUUCCACCGCCCUGGAUGGAGGUGGCACCCAACCUGGGCAGGAGCCCACCAGCAACCUGUUCCUACAUCACUGGCCUCCGCAGCAGCCACCGCCUGGCCCCCUGGGGCAGCCCCAUCCUGAAGCUCUGAGAUUCCCACUGGAGCUGAGGGAGUCGCAGUUGCUGUCUGACGGGGACAGACUGGCACCCAAUGGUCGGGAGCGGGACGCUCCUGCCAUGGGCAAUGAGGAGGGCGUGCGGGCUGUGGGCACAGGGGACUGUGGGCAGGUGCUACGGGGCGGGGUGAUCCAAAGCACGCGACGGAGGCGCCGGGCGUCCCAGGAGGCCAAUUUGCUGACCCUAGCCCAGAAGGCAGUGGAGCUGGCCUCACUGCAAAACACAAAGGAUGCCAGUGGCUCUGAGGAGAAGCGGAAAAGUGUCUUGGCUUCAACUGCCAAGUGCGGGGUGGAGUUUUCUGAGCCUUCCUUAGCUGCCAAGCGAGCCCGGGAGGACAGCGGGAUGGUACCCCUCAUCAUCCCCGUGUCUGUGCCUGUGCGGGCUGUGGACCCAACUGAGGCGGCCCAAGCUGGAGGUGUAGACGAGGAUGGAAAGGGUCCUGAACAUAACCCCGCUGAACACAAGCCAUCGGUCAUCGUCACCCGCAGGCGGUCCACCCGUAUCCCUGGGACGGAUGCCCCAGCUCAGGCUGAGGACAUGAACGUCAAGUUGGAGGGAGAACCUUCAGUGCGGAAACCAAAGCAGCGGCCGAGGCCUGAGCCCCUGAUCAUCCCCACCAAGGCGGGCACUUUCAUCGCCCCUCCUGUCUACUCCAACAUCACCCCAUACCAGAGCCACCUGCGCUCCCCCGUCCGCCUCGCCGACCACCCCUCUGAGCGGAGCUUUGAGCUGCCGCCCUACACACCACCCCCCAUCCUCAGCCCCGUGCGGGAAGGCUCCGGACUCUAUUUCAAUGCCAUCAUGUCGACCAGCAGCAUCCCAGCCCCUCCUCCCAUCACGCCAAAGAGUGCCCAUCGCACCCUGCUCCGAUCUAACAGCGCUGAAGUCACCCCGCCUGUCCUCUCUGUGAUGGGGGAGGCCACCCCAGUGAGCAUCGAGCCGCGGAUCAACGUGGGCUCCCGGUUCCAAGCAGAAAUCCCCUUGAUGAGGGACCGCGCCCUGGCAGCUGCAGACCCGCACAAGGCGGACUUGGUGUGGCAGCCAUGGGAGAACCUAGAGAGCAGCCGAGAGAAGCAGAGGCAAGUGGAAGACCUGCUGACAGCUGCCUGCUCCAGCAUUUUCCCCGGAGCUGGCACCAACCAGGAGCUGGCCCUGCACUGUCUGCACGAAUCCAGGGGAGACAUCCUGGAAGCGCUGAAUAAGCUGCUACUGAAGAAGCCCCUGCGGCCCCACAACCACCCCCUGGCAACUUAUCACUACACAGGCUCCGACCAGUGGAAGGCGGCGGAGAGGAAGCUGUUCAACAAGGGCAUCGCCAUCUACAAGAAGGAUUUCUUCUUGGUGCAGAAGCUGAUCCAGACCAAGACCGUGGCCCAGUGCGUGGAGUUCUACUACACCUACAAGAAGCAGGUGAAGAUUGGCCGCAAUGGGACUCUAACCUUCGGGGAUGUGGAUACAAGUGAUGAAAAGUCGGCCCAGGAGGAGGUUGAAGUGGAUAUUAAGACUUCCCAGAAGUUCCCAAGGGUGCCCCCUCCCAGAAGAGAGUCCCCAAGUGAAGAGAGGCUGGAGCCCAGGAAGGAAGUAAAAGAGACCAGGAAGGAGGGGGAGGAGGAGCUGCCAGAGACUCAGGAGAAGGGGGAGCAGGAAGAGGGGCGAGAGCGAAGCCGGCGGGCAGCGGCCGUCAAAGCCACGCAGACACUACAGGCCAAUGAGUCGGCCAAUGACAUCCUCAUCCUCCGAAGCCACGAGUCCAACGCCCCUGGGUCUGCGGGCUGCCAGGCCUCAGAGAAGCCACGGGAGGGGCCGGGGAAGUCACGGAGGGCACUACCUUUCUCGGAGAAGAAGAAAAAACCGGAAACGUUUAAUAAGACCCAGAAUCAGGAGAACACUUUCCCUUGUAAAAAAUGUGGCAGGGUGUUUUACAAGGUGAAGAGCCGCAGCGCGCACAUGAAGAGCCACGCAGAGCAGGAGAAGAAGGCGGCUGCUCUGAGGCAGAAAGAGAAAGAGGCCGCGGCCGCCGCGGCCACCGUAGCCGCCGCCUCCCCCCACCAGCCAGCCCUGCGGGAGGAGAGCGGCGCGGGCGAGAGGGGCUGAUGCCCGGCGCUCCGAGCCCUGUCCCAGCCUUGCCUGACGCCUGCCAGCACCGGGAGAGAGCGAUCACCUGGACUUGUCUCUGCGAAACGAACAUGACAGUUAAAUAAAUGGCUCUUUUAUUUAUAAAGGCCCCGGGAGCAAUGGAAAGGGCUGCGGGAUCCAGUUCUUCUUGCAUUUGGUCUGUCGGAAGUUGUCCUCGUGCUUUUCUGGGACUGGGAGAGUCCCUGCUCCCUGGGGCUGCCCUUCGGGAGGGGCUCCGGCGCUGCCACCGCUGCCUCUCACGUGGAUCUCUGCUGAGCAGUCUCAUCGCUCCCUCUUUCUUAUCCGGCUCCCGUUGGUCACCGUGGAGAGCCAAGCACAAGCGCACCCCCUUUGCAGCAUUAAUUCCCCACGCCAGGGGACCUGCACGGGCCCUGCCCCAUGCCCCGGAAAGAGGGACUCCUUGAAGGGAGACUAGUGACCAGCUCUGAGAGAGAACUCAAGCCUGGCACGCGUGCUGUCUCUCGCAUGAUUGUCCAGGCCAUACUGCGCCAGUGACUGUCCUGAGAGAGGCCACCUCCUCCCUGGGAAGGAGUCUGCCAGAAUGGGUGCAGGGAGAGAGACCAGGACUGGUACCUAUCCCUUUGCUGCUUGCUAGCAGCCUGCUGGGGCUGGAAAGUUUUCUCACAUCUUUGGGGAAGGGGCCGGUGUUUCUUUGCAAGCGCUCAGCCUCCUUGAGGAGAAGGGACUGUGCGGAGGAUGGACGCUGCAGGGUUGCUACGGGGCUGGGCCUGAGGGAGCUGUUGAGAGGUUUUGGCUCUUCCUGCUCCCCACCUUUUUGCCACAUGCCUUUGGGCCCCGGAGGCUGCUAAGGGAGCUUAGCCUACACCCAGCCCGCUCCUCCUUGGUGCAAGAUCCCUGCCUGCCUCAGUCUUGACCUUGGCAGCUGCCACCUAACCCCACCCUACCUUGUCUAGUGCCGAAAUCCACAGCCCAGCCCUCAGUCCUGCAUGCUGGAGAUUUCUGGAUCCUUCCCUGGGAGGGGGGAGGUCUCCUAGCCAGAUUGGACAGGAGCCUUCAUUCCUUGACUUGUGUCAUUUGGGAGCUAUUUAUUUAUUCUUAAUAUUUAAUUUUUAACAUCCUCUCAGGGACCAGGGGCUUCCUUCUUUCCAGAGGCCCAAGUGCAUUUAUCCCAAAAUAAGGCACCUUCUUGGCACCCACCCCCAACCCCCAGUCCCAAGACCCUGAAGUCCCUCGCCUUGUUGCUCUGGAAAUUUUGCCAAUAGGAAUGAUAGUAGCACUGAAAGAUGGUGGAAAGGUGGAAGGUGUCACAAAGCCACACAGACUGGGAGGAUCAAGGGAGAGCAAAGGCAGUUCUUGUUGCUACCUCUUCAGCAGACUGUCAAGUUGCCUGAGGGGACUGGCUGGAAGCCAGAAUUCUGGUUUCGUUUCUGGCUUGAAGAAGCCAUAUUUGGCAUCUCGCUACUGAAGUGAAGGGGCUGGAGGUUUCUGGAGGCCCCUUCACUUGCCAGUCCUAUAGGAAGACUGAGUUACUUUCCUGAUCUCGUUAUUCACCUUUAGCUGCGUAAAAGCAGUUCUGGGUGCAUGCAAGUAUAUGACAGGUUAGGAAGGAGCCAAGAAAUAUUCAUUCUGAUCUGCCAAUGAGAUAGCCUAAAGGCAUCAAUGUUGGUAGCUGGGAGUGGGGAGGGAGUUUUGUUUCUAAACUAUGCACUGUCAGGUCUUUUUUCGCAUUCACUUAUGUAUUCAUAUGGUUAUACAGCAGGAGCCCUGCUAUGGAAGUAACAAAAUUCUUUCCCUUCCCCAGUUCCUGAUGGCUACCUAGGGACCUCUAGCUUCCCGUUAGUUUCUUCCUUAGGCUUCUAUAAACUCAAUGGCCCAAGAUUGCAAAAAUCUGACAUACUUUCCAAAAAUAAGAGGGUAGCAAAUUUAGGCUCUCUUCUAAAUCACUUGUGUAAUAUGAGUGCCUUUGCAGCUUCUCCCCAAAGUGCUACUUACGUUUCCCAAGGUUUUUUCUAUUUGAAUUAUGUUUCGUUUCAGGCCUCUUUUUUGGACAUGUGGCAACAGAAACCUCCUUUGUCUAGAGUGAUUCUCCUCUUCUAAGCCCAGAGAGACCAGACCAGGUGAAUGUAGGUGGAAAAGAUCAAGAUGGUACCUCUCUGUAUUAACCCCAACUGACACCAUGUUUUGAAAGGGUUUACGAUCCAGGAUGGAUUCAUAUUUAGAAUGUAAUGCGAAAGGUAAACUGUUUAGAGGGCAGAUGCAAUUGUGGCAAGUGACCUGCCAAUAAAGUAGGUGCAGCCAUAGAAGCUGGCAUAGGCUUACCCUUUAUGGUGCUUUCUCUCUGUGAACAUAUCAGGCUCGUGUUGUUUUUUUCUUUUUUCUUUUCUGUUCAGAGCUGUUUGCUUUAAGAAGUUAAGUGAAAACACCUUCAGCUUUAUAAUGUCCUCUGUACACCACCUUACAUACCCAUCUCGCAGCCUCCAGCUACACUCACCUAAGGGCAUGAGAUUAACCUAGUGCCUGUGUUCUAGACCAUUUCUGAGGUCUCUUAGCCACCCAAGGAGACAGGGCUUCGGCACUGUCCUCCAUGCCUUCAGCAACCCCUGUCACAGCUAAGGUACACACCUAUCCCUUUGGCUACUCCACUUCCACCCCUGGCACAGAGGUCGUGUGCUGCUUAUGUCUAAAGGGAUCCCCUAUAUUUAACUGCCUCAAUGACCUAACCUCUUUCUUCUCAUGUGCCAGAUGUUAAGAUGAAGGAGGAAUACAACACAUACACAAGCCUCAGCUGUUUAAAUAUGUUUUUACCGGGGCUCAGUUUUCUCAGAUGGUAUUUAUUACCAGUGGCAAGCCUAACUCCUUAGGUUUACAGGAAGUAUGCAUAUUUUUAUAAAACAAUUGUAUGUCCUCCCCAUAUUUUGCUGUAUUAAUAUUUGCCUCUAACUAACAAUUUGCAGCUGUUUCACCUUUUCCUCAUUUGUCUCUUAGUCAAAGGCCUUGUUGGAGGGGACAGAGCACAGGAACAGCCUUGAUAGUCUGUAAUUAUUGUACAAAUAUUUUAAUAGCAUAUAAAUAAGUAUAUUCCUUUUAUUUUGAAAAAAUCAGACACUGCCUUUUGUGUGUUUGCUGCCUGUGGCACCCUUUUUUAAAAGACUGUUACAUAUUAAAAUAGUGUACAUAUAUAUAAAUAUUACCUCUUUUGCUGUACAGUUGUGAUAGACCAGACGGAAGAUUUUAUUUUUUGUGUGCUUUUUAUAAAAAAAAAAAAUUAACACACUAAAGAAAAUCUUGCUGAUGUGAUUGUAAUGUACCUAUGUAACUUAUUUACUUUUGAAUGUUCUUCUGUAUCUUUAAACCUUUUAUUAAAUAAGGUUUUAAAAAUUCA